AUGUUCUCCUCGCUUCUGGGCGUUCCCAGCCACAGCGGCAGCAAGACGCACAAGCACGGCAGCCGGCGCAGCACGAGCAGCACGAGCACCAGCACCGGCCACAGCAAGCCCAAAUCCUCCCCCAGCGCCCAGCAGCGGCCGGUUGCGGUGCCGGGAACAAUCUCGGCGUCGUUCCUGUUCGUGGUCAACGAGCUGCAGGUGGACUACGAGCCGGCGUCGCCGCAGGAGCAGCCGCUGACGGACCAGUGGCUCAACAUGAUGCCGCCGCAGCACGCGGGCGCCUACGUGGGUGAGAUCGUCGGCACCGUGUUCCGCUACCGGGACGGCGUCAUGUCGCCGGCGCAUGGCUAUGUCUGGAAUACGAGGCCGGGGCUGGGGCCGUCGAGGGGGUUGUCCGGGGAGCUGCCGAUUGUGAUUGCGUUGAUGGGGUUCCAUGGCCGGCCGGGGCGGGCGAGCGAUGUGUUUCAGAGCCGGAAGUGGGAGAUGGGACAGUGGCUCGGCUCGAGCAGGGCGUCACCCUACCGUGGGUAUUCAGUUUACUUUGUGCUAGAACUAUUGUUGCCUUGCCGAGGACGCCGGCUGACGAACGCAGUGCCCAAAUCGGGAGAGAGCCCCCGCGGUCUCUUCGUCCAGGUUUGCGCGGAUAAUUUGGUGGAUGGCCUGGACGACUGUGAGGAGAAUAACGUCCCCGUCGAAAUCUGGGAGCAGAUCUUGCAAGAUCUCGAGUACAGAACCGUGUUGGUUCAGGGUUGA